AUGUCGGGAAAAAUGACAUUGUACAAAUUGGUGGUGCUGGGAGAUGGUGGUGUGGGCAAGACAGCGCUCACGAUUCAGUUGUGCUUGAAUCAUUUCGUUGAAACGUACGACCCGACAAUCGAAGACUCCUACCGAAAACAGGUGGUGAUUGAUCAGCAAUCAUGCAUGUUGGAAGUGCUAGAUACUGCGGGCCAGGAAGAGUACACGGCACUGAGAGACCAGUGGAUCCGUGACGGCGAGGGAUUCGUACUCGUCUACAGCAUUACCUCGCGGGCCUCUUUCUCUCGGAUACAGAAGUUUUACAACCAGAUCAAGAUGGUCAAGGAAUCCACCAAUUCCGGGUCACCCUCCGGCGCCAGCUACUUAGGAUCUCCAAUGCAUGCUUCUCCAGGGUCUUCGCUUCCCGUUCCGGUGAUGUUGGUUGGUAACAAAAGUGACAAAGCGGUCGAGAGGGCCGUGUCGGCACAAGAAGGACAGGCGUUGGCGAAAGAUUUGGGGUGCGAAUUUGUCGAAGCCUCUGCGAAGAAUUGUAUCAAUGUCGAAAAGGUGUUCUACGAUGUCGUUCGCAUGCUUCGGCAGCAACGUCAACAACAAGGAGGGCGAUCCCAGGAUCGGCGACCGACCGGCUUGGGCGCCAUGCGCGACCGUGAUGCUGGCCCAGAAUAUCCAAAGUCUUUCCGACCGGACCGCACACGGCAUCGCAGCUCGCUUAAGUGCACCAUCCUUUAA